ACAAUUUUAUCCUAUCGCGGGGUGUAUGUGCAAAAAGACCAGCCGGAGCUCCACCAAAUUAGGGUCCAUCGAGCGCCGCCCACAAUGGGCCGCUGCUACCACCGCCGCAGCCAUCGGUAGAACAGACGCCGCCCUCAGAACCCUAGCACUCUUUAUGCAUGGCGGCCCUAUCAAGGCCGUCGACGGAAGUCGCCUUAUGUCCGCCGUGGCCUGCGAAGCUUUCGAUUGGGCGCGUUCUUCUCCCUCCCGGACAGACGACGAAAAAGAGGAAACCGAAGAGGUUUCCUCUUCUCGCGACGGAGUCUCCAAAGAUCCCUCCACCCCCGGCGAAGAACUGCAUGUGAAGUUCUCCGAGGCGGUGCUCAGGUUCUCCAGAUCGGGCCGCGCUUCCGUCCGGGAGGUCGGCUCGCGACCCGCCCGGUUCCGCGCUGCUUCGUACAACAAGCUGAUGAAGGCCGUCGCCGAGGUCGGUUCAGCGGAUGACGUCCUCAGACUGUUCGGAGAAAUGAAACGGUCGGAAUGCCAACCCAACGUUCUCUGCUACAGCACCGUGAUCAACGCCCUCUUGACGGCCGGUCGCCACGAGGAAGCCGAGACAACGUUCGAGGAGAUGAUCUCCUCGGGAAUCAAGCCUAAUCUGUUCUCCUACAAUAUCCUGGUGAAGCUGCACGCCUGCUGCACGAAAAAAUUCGACUUGGCAUAUGAGGUCAUCGCGAUGAUGAAGAAAUGUGGACUUUGUCCCGAUUCGACUACCUACUCGACAUUGAUCACGGGGCUUUGCUCGGCGGGGAGGAUCGAGGAGGCAUGGGGCGUAUUGGACUGGAUGCUCGAGGAGAAUUGUCCGCCCACCACCCACAGUUAUACACCAAUCGUGCAAAGUUACUGCUUUGAAGGGAAAAUUGAGCCAGCCAAAAGCUUGAUGGCUACCAUGGUGGAUGUUGGUUGCACUCCGAGCACAGCGACAUAUAACAUAUUGAUCGGAGCGCUUUGCAGAGCCGGCAACUUUGAUGAGGUUGAGAAGAUUCUGACAGAAAGCGUACACAGAGGUUGGAAACCUAAUGAAAUUACUUACAAUACAUAUAUGGAUGGACUUUGUAAGAGUGGGAGGACCAAAGAAGCAUUUGAUCAGUUGGAAGUUAUGUUGGGGAUUGGAUUAUAUCCUACUGCUUUCACUUUGAAUAUACUUCUCAAUUGCCUUUGCUGUGAUUCCAAGGAGGUUUUGGUGGCUAAAUGUUUGAUAGAGAGGAGCUCUGAGCUGCAUUGGUAUGUCAGUGUUGUUGAUUACAAUGUUGUGAUGAGCGGACUCCGUAAGGCAGGACACUGGGUGGGUGUUAUCAAGCUCUUUACAGACAUGGUAAAAAAGGGCAUCACUCCUAAUAUUAGGACUUUCAACAUUGUGAUCCAUAGCCUUUGCCAUGGAGGAAAACUUCACAUGGCAGUCUGUAUGAUGAAUAGUGGAGAAAUUAUUGCAAACGUGGUGACAUAUAAUACUCUACUUCAUUGGUUUUACCUAGAUGGAAGGAUAAAUGAGGCUCAACAUCUGUUCUCUUUUAUGAGUGCCAAUAACAUUUCGCCAGAUGGAAUUACCUACAAUACGAUGAUCGAUAGUCUUUGUAGAGUAGGCAGGUUUUUGGAGGCUACUGACUGCUUUAUCAGAUCCUUGGAAUACAGAUUCUCAACUGAUCUUCUUCUCCGUCUAAUCCACAGGCUGGUUAGAAAUAGAAGGUUGAAGGAAUUGCUAAAGCUAUUUAAAGGAAUUGAGAAGCACAGUAUUUCCCUUGACGUUCUCGUUUUUGACUCGUUAAUUAAAGCAGCCUGCAAGGAAGGUUUUUGUGGAAGCACAGAGAUCUAUGUAGUUUGCCUAAUUCUGGAUAAAAUGCUUGCACGGAGAUAGUGUUGUCUUAGCUGUUGCUUUAGACAUUCCUCAAGCUGUGAUGGUCUUGAAAUCCUGAACUUAGGUCAGGUGAAUUUUUUCUUUGAUACGGUGGGCAGAAGUUGAUACGAUAGCUUUGUGCCUCUCUAUGUGUUCAGGCUUGUAAUAUUAAGCAAGAUUUAUGUGCAACUCCCUGUAGGCUCAGGAGAGGUGGAGGGUUUGCAACUCUACAGGGAACUACUUUUGUGGCAUAUUACGAGCAGCUAUGCUUGCCCGUCUUUGGAAGUAAGGUUGUUCUCUAAUGUCCAAUACUUGCCUAUCUCAUCUUGAACACCGAAGGAGGUUAAUAUACAUUCGGUGAAGGUGCUGAUUAGCUUAGCUCUUGAAUUUGGCAUGUACCUCUUUAUCUUUUUUUUUUGAGAUGAUGAGCAUUUGAGCCCUUCAACAAUUUGUGGUAAGAAUGUAUAGUCGGUAUGUAUCACUGGCCACGUUAUAGUUGCA